AUGUCAUCUCUGUCUAGUCCGAGUGCUCCAGUCUUGCUGCAUUGUAUACUGUACCAACAUCUUGAUAGGCAAGGCGACAUCACGCGACUCCAAUCAGACGUGAUCGUGAGCGCAGCCCAUAGAUCUCUCCUUGGUGGUGGUGGAGUCGAUGGGGCCAUUCACCGGGCAGCCGGUGAAGACCUAUAUGAUGAAUGCCUGACCCUAGGUGGUGCCAACACUGGAGAAGCCAAGAUGACAAAAGGUUACAACCUCCCCGCCAAACACGUCAUCCACGCCGUGGGCCCGAUAUACUCAGAUUCACAGCUUGACCAAAAGGCUCAGCAGCUGGCGUCCUGCUAUCGUACUUCCUACGAGCUCGCGGCCCAGAACAAGCUAAGGAGUAUUGCCUUCCCCUCCAUCUCGACGGGUAUUUACGGCUAUCCUAUAGAAAAUGCGACACAUAUUGCCUUGGACGUGACCCGAAAAUUCCUGGAGCAUGCGGAAGGAGAUGUUCGCAUUGUGUUUGUCGUAUUUUCCGACAAGGACAAAUAUGUUUAUGAAGAGCUGAUAUCAGAGUAUUUCCCGCCUGCGCCAAAAGAGUGA